AUGAACGCUGUGCCGAGGAAUACUAUCAAUCGGGCUCCGGAUCAGUCCUCAAAGAGGCCAUCGAGGACGAGUUGGAACUCGACGACUGAUAAUGGAAUGCAGCAACAAGAAAAGGCUGUUUAUGCCACAGUGUGGAGCUCCCGCAUGAGUACCGCACAGAUGAGCUACAAGAAUAUCUGCUGGACUGUUCAGAGUAUGACGACAAGAAAUUCCUGGACAACGAACUCACCGAGAAGGGAUCUGUUGGGCGCAGAAAUGGAAAAACCCUUGCAGAAUUUAGGUUCUGCUUUCCAUCGAGAACUGUCACUACGUACUCUGUAUUCAGCUCCGCAUCGGCCACGAGUCAAGAGGACGACAGGAUCAUACGACGUCCACUUAUCAGGGCUUGUCCCACCCGCACUCCGUAUUGCUACUCUGCAGUACGGGGAGAUCCCUCACGCCAUGUGGCGUGGCCAGGCCCCUGGAGGAAAACAAACGCCACUACGCAACGGUUUCGAGGCUAAUAAGCCAUCCGAUCUGACAGCUGCUGAUCCGUGUGUCUCGGAUGGAGCCUGGGACAGCAAUUUCAUUUGCUACUCGUCAUUUUCAACUUCAAACUGUGUCUUAUUCCGCUCUCACGAGGCACACAAGUCCUGCAAGGCCCCGAUGUCAAACGGUUUUGUGCAACGGCCCGGCUGUUUGCAAAAACGUCCGUCAUGUCUCCGUCAUACCCUCCCUAGCUUGCCUUCGUGCCCGGACGAUUAUUUGGCUAGCUGGCAUGCACUCGGUCUGGUAGUGUAG